CAAACAGUUCAAUUGUUUUGUGUUCUUACAAGAGAAAACAUUUCCAAAAACGCUCCCGUUAAUAGAAAAAUAAAUAAAACUUUUGACUUAAAUUAAAGAAAAAUCGUAAAAAAACAUGGCUUACCAAUUACAUAUUGCAUUAAUAGUAUUCUUGGCUUUUGUGUCGCAUCUAGUGUUUUCUUUAGAUUUAACUAAAACGGAAAUUAAAAUUGUAACCGAUGCUGAUCGUUAUACAACCUUAAAUCCAAAUGCCACCUAUAGGCCAUUUAAAAAAGUCUAUCAUUCGAAAGGAAAUAUUAUCUUUUCUGCCGGUGAACGUAUCGAUGGUGAUCGUUUGAUUAUGAGCUUUAUAGAUGAAAGCCAAUUUGCUCGUCUUGUCGAUGUUGAGGUGUCUCUGUGGUAUCCUAAUCCUGGUUAUGAAGGUAAAAUCCUUAGCUUUGUUGAAUUCGUUACCGAUUUGUCAACCACCGAGGCUGAUGUCUUCUUUGUAAAUGAUGGCGGUAUUGGCAGUACAUUUGCUGAAAUUUUAAUGACUGCCAAUCGUACCACUAACUUUGGUUAUCAAAUCUUUAUGUAUGGUUAUUAAAUUCACUUUAAAUGGAUGACAAAACAAAACAAGUUAUUGAAAAAAACUAAAUGAAUAUAAAAACAAAAAAAAAAAAAAAAACUAAUUCUGUGAUUAAAUGUUGUUGAGUCCUUUAUAUAAAAAAACAAAUUAACAUACAAACUUAA